AUGGCCGAGCACCAAUCGUUGCUGAGGCCGCGUGAAGCGAACGAUGAUGCAUUUUCGUCGCAUCGCUUCGCGUUUACGUCGUCUUCAAAGACGUGGACGAAAGUCCUCGCCGGUUCUGGCGUUAUGGUCUUGGCCACCACCCUCGCUCUGAGCGGGAACAAAGGCAACUUUAGUUCUACUUCUUUGACGACGACGAGCGGAACUCGAUCGCAACUCGGGGAAGGAGAAGCCGCGUCGGUCCAAUCGCACGCGUCCAAAACCAUCAAACUGCACACGGCGUGCGCGCCGUUGCACGUGCUCGAUUUCCACCCAGACCCGACGUCGUGGAAGAAAAACAUGGGCGCGCGAGUGAUUGUUCGAUCGCAACAAAAUCCAGAGUUGGCGUUCGAUCGCGGGAUUGAGAUGACGGCGACGCACUGCGGCGCGUUUGAAGUCGACGCGAACGUGUUAGCGCCCGGGGACGAGUUUACGUUCGCGCUGUACGAAAAGAACGGGCCGAACGGACCGGCGUUUCGAAAAGAUGCCGGGUGCAUAUCGACUGCGAGUAAUCCGGAUUCGUGCAUGCCGGAGAAUAACUUGGGGAGAAGCCCGAACAACAUGUUUAACAUGAACGAGUGCACGGCGUCGACGUUUUCGGAUUCGACCAAGACGUUUUACGAUCGCGUGUAUAAAGAGAGCGACGGGAGGUCGUUCGUUUGGGGGAGUUGCCACUCGGAUUGCGCGUUUUCCGUGCAGUCAGAGCUGGCGUUGUGCGAAUUGGACGCGCAACAGCAAACGGACGAUGGACAGCCGCAGCAAGCCGAAGUCGGCGGCGCCUCGGAGGACGACGACGAACCGUCGGACGGGAGCAUGAGCGGUCUUUUGAACACGGCCAUGUCCGCGCAAAAAGUGUUCGUUCCGGCGAUUACAAACUCGGAACACACGAAAGCGUCAGUUGCAUCCGCGCAGGCGUCAAAUGAGAUGACGCCAGAGGAAAUUUUGGCCAUGGAUAAAGCCGAUUUGAAGGGCGCCGCGGACCAGGAGGAAGAAAAAGUUGAAGAAGUCGUUCCGGAACCGGCGGAAAGUACGGCCUCUGAAGCUAUUCCGGAAAACGAAACUCCGGCGCAAAAGAUUGAAAGAUUGCAAAAAGAACUCAAGGCGGCGAGCGAAAAAGCGCAAAGAGACGCCGAAAAUGCAGCGGAGGAGGAGAAGGAGGCCAACGAUGAAGUUUCGAUCCAGGAAGCGCAAGAGGAACAACCGGCGGCUUCGGCGGCGGCGACGACUGAUGCCGCAGCGCAAGCGCAAGCUGAGCAAACGCAAGCAGUUGCUACCCCGACCGUGGAGCAGUUGAAUGAUUUGCAAUCGCAAUCUCAAGGAACACAACAACCAACGGACUUGGCGGCGCAGAUGAGAGCUGACGCCGCCGCGAUUGCAACUCCGCAAGCGACGACUGGUUCUGCGGAAGAAGCAUCUGCUACCACCACCACUACCACUGCAGGCGGUGGAUGGACGAACGAUGCCGCCGUAACGCUUCAAGCGGAAAAGGAAGGCCGAACGGACGGACCGUGCAACUACGACGGGUGCCCGCUCGAAGAAAUUAUCGCCGCGCAACAAGCCGCCAUAAGAGAGCAAGAGGAGGCAACGCGCAAAGCUAAAGAAGCGGAGGAGCAAACCGCCAACGCUGUAAAGCAGGCUAAGAUUGAUGCCGUGAACGCGAAGAUUCAAGAAGAAACAGACCGCAAGGCGGAAAUUGCGAGAAUCCAAGCAGAAAGUCAAACGCAAAUCGAUCGCCAAACGCGUCUCGAGAAAGGUGAAAUCAGGGCGGCGAAGAACGCGUUGCACCCGACCGGUAAAAAAUCCUCACACAAGAGCAAGGCGCGAAAGUUUAUCGCUGACGCCGACGGCGAGGAGCACAACGUGGUCGUAGAGUUGGAAGUGCCGCCGCAACAAGACGAGGAAGUUGUUGUUGAAGAGUCGGAAGAGCGCGAAAACAUCCCGGACCAACCGGAACCGUUGACCGAGGAAGAAGAAGCCUCGGCCAACGCGCAACGCGACGAGAUUGAUGAGAUCUUGGCGCACGCGGACGACGCAAAUGUUUUUGAGGAAGAGCAAAAAGAAGCCGCGAAGAAGAAAUCUUCUUCCUCCUCUUCUUCGGAGGAAGGCGAAGAGAUUGACUUCAAGGCGGCGAAGAAGGAAUUGGCCAAGGCGGCAAAGAUUGAAGAGCACAAGAGAGCCGUGCAGCGACAGCUCGAAGAAGAAAAGGAAGCUUUCGAAGCCGCUAAAGCUAAAAAGGAGCAAGAAGCUCGGGAAAGGAGAGCUGCCAGAGCAAAGGCGAAGGCUGACGCCAUUCGAUUCGCGGGUAAAACUCCGGAGGAGAUUGAGUUGAUGAAACGCAUGGACGCUUUGGAUGAGAUGAGCGCGCAGAUUGGCGAAGAGGAAGCCAAGUCUAAACGAAAGGCGGGAAAAGCAAACAAGAACACGGGGGCCAUUGGCGUCUCGCCGGAAGAGCAGAUCAUGUUGGACCAAUUGAACGGAUCCAUGGACGACGAAAGCGCGAAGGAAGCUGCGGAUGCCUUGGCGUCCGUUGACUUUGACGACUCCGUCUUUGCCUCCAAUGACGACGACGAAGAACAAGAACAAGAACAAGAACAAGAACAAGAACAAGAACAAGGACAAGGAGCCGAUGAACCCGCCGUCGACGAGUCUGAAAAUGCCUCUUCCGACGGUACUCUCGAAGGCUCGCUCGAAAGUUCGUACGAAGUUCCUGCGUCGAACAUGGACCCGAUGAGCUUGAAGCCGCGCAAGUGGAAGAAAGUUGCAACGACGGUGCCUUUAUCCGAAGGCACGGACACGGGCGCCAUGAAGGCCAAGUUAGCCAAGCAGAAACACCAAGAAAAGCUCAGAAACAAGGUUGACCCGGAAACUGGUUUAACAAAGGAAGAACAAAAGUUGAUCGAUUCUUUAAACUUUAAUUCCCCGGCGGAGGAUGACUCCUUCGCGAACGGUAGUGAUGAAGCCGGAGAGGCUGCGCUUGGGGAACGCAAGACUUUUGAUGCGCCAAUUGAGGAAGAAGAAGUAGCUAUGCUCGGUGUGAGCCCACGAGCUUUGGCGCAGAUAAACAGAAAUAGAAUGUACAACGAAGCAAUGGCGAAUUUAGGCGAGGCGACGGUCGCGAGCAAGUUUGAAAUGGCUGCGCAACAAGCGAGAGCUUUGACCAAACUCGGAUCGAGUGAAGACGAUGACGCGAAAGCGAGUCUGGAAGAACGAAUGCGACAAUUAGAAUCUGGAGAACUUCCGGAGCAAACUGUGAUGGCUACUGCCGCGGCGACGCCUGAAGUUGCAACGGAAGUAGGAGAGGAGACGUCAUCAUCAAUUGAUCCCAUCACCGCGCAGUACAUGCCAAAAGGCAUCGAAACGAACGGUAUGACGAAGGAAGAGAUGGAGCUCAUCGCGAAUAUCAACGUUGACGAAAAGGAAGUGAAGCGAAAGAAAGCGGAAGCGAAAGCUGCCGCGAUCGCCGCGGCAAAGGCUGAGGCAGAAGCGAAAGCCAACGCGCCAAAACCGUAUCACGAGAAAGGCAUGAUUGUCAUCCAAAACGUCAAAGUUCCGCACACGUUUAAGUUGGAUCCGUACAAAAACGUCGCGUGUAAUCCAUCGCCGACGUGUAUCGCUGGUGUGCCGAUUCCAGGUGUCGGGUGCUGCCCGGAGGAACUCGUCGAUAAAGUAGAAGCACCGAAAGUUGGCGAUGAGGAGGAGGAGGAAGAAAAAGAAAAAGAAAAAGCUUCCUCCGACGAACCCUCUCGUAAGCACCGCUACGAGCGAUACGACGACGACGACGAAGGCGGAGACGAGAAAGAGGACAGCUCUGGAGAUCAUCGAUCGUACGAUUAUCCUUUGGCCUCUAAAAAACGCCCCGCGCAAGAUUCAUCGGAUCUGUACUUUUCGCAAAAAGACGUCGACGAACGCGAGGCGCCGAAAGAAGAAGUCGAGGAAGAAUUGGCGACGACGUCGUAUGACUUCGUGGCGGAGAAGAAAGAUCACAAAAGCAAACAUCACGCUGAGGAUGUCGUCGAUUCUGCCUCUUCUUCGAAAAAAUCGUCUUCUUCGAAAAAAUCGACGGAGAAGGAGGAUAUCGAAACGCCUUCCAGUCCUUCUUCCACGAAGGAAUACGCAACGGCGAUGAGCAAGAAGCAAAAAGCAGUAGCUGCAGCUGAGAAAGCUAAGAAAAGUCGCAUUGAAGCCGAAAAAGUCGCCGAGGCUUUGAAGAAAGCGUACGAAGACGCCAUGAAAGCGGUCAAGACUUCGGAAAAGAAGGAGGAGAAGAAAGCCGCGCAAGCGUACAUCGCGCGGCAAAAAGUGAACCAUUUAAACGAUGAGUCCCGGUUUGGUGAAUCACGCCUCGCCAAGGCCCCGGGUAAACAAGCGCGAAAUGUAUGUCAAGCCUCGAAAUGGAAAGACCUCGAAUGGCCUUUUUUUGUCGGGAACAUGACGCACCCUUCGUGUCAGUCGCAAAAUGGAGGCGUGAAUGAUAUGGGAACCGAACCGGAGAUGUGUGAAGACGAUUUAGCUUCGGUGAGAUUUGGCGUCUCUCAAGGGAAAGCCGAGUGCAUGCUAGCGCACGCGAAAGAGUGCAAAAUCCCCAUGCACGAUUUCAAAUCGUUAAAUUACGAUUGGACGACCUCUCGAUGCCAAGGCGUCUGGGCGGCGCCUUUGUGGAUGAGUCCGGACACCUGGCAGUGGGGCCCCGGCUCUGGGGAAAUCGACGGCUCUGAAUUUUGUAUGCGCAAAAAAAUGCAAAUGAACUUCGCCGGCGGAGGCCACGAAGUCGAACUCGAUCCGUACAACAUCGACGAAGCCUGGGGACACACGACUAUUCGUAAAGACGACGCCGGAAUCAUCACCGUGACCACUUGCAAAGCGUCCGAGGCGGAAGCCAACGGCGGCGAAUGUUUCAAACCGAAAUAUAAAGACUGCAAAGAUUGCGAAUUUGGCGAACGCGGGCCGGACAAAGAGUACGCCUGCUGGUGCAACGAAGACCCGAACCAAACGCAAUUGAACAUUUACGGUUCCGGUGGCUGCGCCGAAGGCGCCAACUGCGAGUGGACUUUACUCUCCGACGUUUGGAACGGCGUCGGCGGCGACCAGAGUUACCACGGGUGCAUGGGUGAAGUUCCCACCUUGGGCGUGGACAAAAACGAACCAAACUUUAACUCGCACUGCGAGUUUAGCGUCGAGAACAUCCUCGUCAAAGGUCACGGGUUGAACGGUGCCAUGCAAUGGGGGGAAGGAAGUCCAAACUAUUGCCGACAUUUGACGGUUCAAAACGUGCGCUCCGCCAUCGGUGUCGACAUAGCUUAA